AAAAAGGUAAAAUAAAAUAAAUACCUCCAAGAUGAGUCGAAGAAAGUCGAAGCCAAAACAGCGACAGCGCACGCAAGAUGGCUGCCAGAACACUCAGGAUAGGUUAAUUGAUUCCUAAAUCUGCCUGUACUACCUGAAAAGAUGCUAACGCUGCCGUAGGUCUCAUUCCGGGCGACGGGAUCGGUAGGGAGGUUAUCCCGGCCGGUCGACGCAUUCUCGAAGCUCUUCCAGCGUCGUUGGGCUUAAAGUUCUCCUUUGUCGACCUCGAGGCGGGCUAUGACACCUUUCUGCGCACCAAGACUGCCCUGCCAGACAAGACGGUCGAGACCCUGAAGAAGGAAUGUGACGGUGCUCUGUUUGGAGCUGUUAGGUAGGCCCCAGCUCUGUCAACCUUCGGCCAGCGUUUGGGUUGAGAUAAGUGGCUAAAUGACCGCCCCCAGCUCUCCAUCAACCAAGGUCGCAGGAUACUCGUCCCCCAUCGUCGCCCUUCGCAAGAAGCUAGACCUCUAUGCAAACGUACGCCCAGUCAAGACCACGGCCGGCGCCAACGCCUCUGCCAGACCAAUUGAUCUCGUCAUCGUCCGUGAGAACACCGAGGACCUCUACGUCAAGGAAGAGAAGACUUACGACACCCCCAACGGCAAGGUAGCAGAGGCCAUCAAGCGCAUCUCCGAAAAUGCCUCGUUCCGCAUCGGUACCAUGGCGGGCGAGAUUGCGCUCCGACGACAGAAGAUCCGUCAGGCUCAGUCUGCCAAUACCACUACUGCCAGUCCCAUGGUCACCAUCACUCACAAGAGUAACGUCCUCAGUCAAAGUGACGGCUUAUUCCGCGAGACAUGCCGCAAGGCCCUGGCCAACGAAAAAUUCAGCGGCGUCAACGUCGAGGAACAAAUCGUUGACUCGAUGGUGUACAAGCUCUUCAGACAACCCUCAUACUACGAUGUCAUCGUUGCUCCCAAUUUGUAUGGAGAUAUUCUGUCGGACGGUGCUGCCGCCCUCGUCGGAAGUCUAGGUCUGGUUCCUAGCGCCAAUGUCGGCGAUGGGUUUGCUAUUGGUGAACCAUGCCAUGGCAGUGCUCCCGACAUCGAGGGCAAGGGUAUUGCCAACCCUAUUGCUACCAUUCGAAGCACAGCUUUGAUGUUGGAGUUCUUGGGCGAAGGUGCGGCUGCUGCUAAGAUUUAUGCGGCUGUCGACGCCAAUUUGGAUGAGGGCAAGCUCCUUUCCCCUGACCUUGGUGGCAAGGCCACUACUGCCGAGGUUCUGGAAGAUGUCCUCAAGAAACUCUAGGUCUUUCCUAGCAUAGAGAUUACCUACCACUACAAGCUCUGAUCUUGUACACUUAGACGGAUGGUUCAUACCAAGUAAAAA